UUAUAUAUUUUACUCGGUACGACUCGGUUACCGUCGUUCGCGCCGUACUAUUCGCUGUCGUACCUGUAUGGGUAGGUAAGUGGGUAGUGACGAUCUACGACUUAUGUGGGUAUAACGUGUGUCACCGCGACCACAGUAGUUGUCAAACUUAUACAUCGUAUUAUUCAUAAUUUAUUUGUAGUGAUCGUUCGCCAACUGCAUUUAUCGCUUGCCACUGCGAGUUUCGUUUUUUUUUUUUCACAUAAUAUUAGUCACCGCGUAAACUAUAUUAUGAUUCCGAGGUCGGUCGGUUAAAGCAAUCACUUUGGUACUGGACAAAAUCGACUGAUAAUAGUAAAUUGAAAAUUGAAGUAUGGACGUAGGUAAUACAGCGCCGUACUUACACUUUUCGAUAACAAUAUACGGUUGAUAACAUUAACCGUGAUUAUAAGCAUCGACCACUGCAUAUUAUUGUUGCGAAACCAAAGAGUACGCGUUAUGCACAAUAGCUGCCGGAUGCUAACGCUACCAACAACUUGCAUUCUCUAAUCAUCGAAUAAACCCCUCGUAGUUUUGUGUCGUGGAGUAUUGUACAGUUCUCCUGAUCACCCCACUUCUAGUGUUCCGUGUUUGGGAAAAAGUCCUCGAUGACUGCUCAUGACGAGAUAACUUACGCCUUACCCUGUCUGUUAAAAUUGGCUUAUCAUGCAUGUAACCAGAUUCAGCGGGAAAAGUACGACGUGCUGGAUUUUCCGGACGUUGACUUGCAGAUUUGUUGCCAGUUGCUAUUCCAAAUCAUAAAACUGAACACGGAGGGUGGUGCGUUCGACUCGCUUGGAGACAGGCGAUUCAUGUUUGGCAAGGUGCAACCUAUCUUUGAUGACUGGUCAAUCGAAAUUAUUUGUGAGAAGGCAGCGUCUUACGGACACAUAGAUUGUUUGAAGUUGGCUCGCGAGAUUGGAAUUCCCUGGGCUCCCCCAUACUACAAUACUCAUGGAUCGGCGUGCAACCUGGCCGCUCGCAUAGGCAACCUAGAAUGCCUGGCAUAUGCACAUGAGAACGGUAGUCCCUGGAACAGUGUGACGUGUAAGUUAUCUGCCGCAAACGGACACUUGGAGUGUUUGAGGUAUUUACAUGAAAAUGGAUGUACAUGGGACGAAUACACGUGUGCUUCUGCUGCGGAGUUUGACCACCUGGACUGUCUGAAGUAUGCGCGUGAAAAUGGAUGUCCGUGGGGCCAUGAUACGGUUCUUUGGGCUGCGUGUAAAGGAAAUCUGGACUGUCUUAUUUAUGCGUAUGAAAAUGAAUGUCCACGGAACGAACACACGUGUUAUAAUGCUGCAAAGGGCGGACACUUGAACUGCCUUAUGUAUGCUCAUGAAUACGAAGAAUUUCCAUUGAGCGAAUACGUGUGUUCGGCUGCUGCGGAGGGUGGGCAUCUGGACUGUCUAAUUUAUGCGCAUCAAAAUGGUUUCUGGUGGGAUGUGAACACAUGUGCUUCUGCUGCAUUUGGUGGAAAUCUAGAUUGUCUGAGGUAUGCGUAUGAAAAUGGAUGCCCGUGGGAAAAACACACGUGUUCUAAUGCUGCGGAGGGUGGAUAUAUAGAAUGUCUAAAGUAUGCACAUGAAAAUGGGUGCCAGUGGAACUCGCUCACGUGUUCGAAUGCUGCGGAGGGGGGUCACUUAGACUGUUUGAAGUAUGCGCAUGAGAAUGGUUGCCCGUGGAAUGAAAAAACGUGCUCUCUGGCUGCGAAAAAUGGACACCUGAACUGCCUUAAGUAUGCUCAUGAGAAUGGUUGCCCGUGGAACAAAAAAACGUGUUCUAUGGCGGCGAAAAAUGGUCAUCUAAAUUGCCUUAAGUAUGCACGUGAAAAUGGUUGCUUGUGGGGAAAAAUAACGUGUUCUAAUGCUGCGGAGAACGGGCACCUAGACUGUCUUAAGUAUGCACGUGAAAAUGGUUGCUUGUGGGACCAAAAAACGUGUUCUAAGGCUGCGAAAAAUGGUCAUCUAGAAUGUCUAAAGUAUGCACACGAAAAUGGAUGUCCGUGGGACGUACACAGUGCAUGUUUUGAUUCUGUGGAAAUUGGAAAUCAGGACUGUCGUGAGUAUGCACUGAAGAAUGGAUGUCCUCGAUUCAAGAAUUUAUCGAGGAUUUCAACAGAAAAAAACCCACGCUCAUCAAAAUGAAUAUUCCUGCGGGCUGCGACCGUCAUAGGUUCUAACGAAUCAGUCAAUUAGUUAUGUGUGUCGUAUUUUAAUUUUUAACUAUGCCUAGAGGCUAGAAUAUGCAAAACAUUAAAUUUAUUUAUGUAAGAUAAUUAAUCAAAUUCUAAAAAAUUGAACAAAUAAUUUAUUUAAAACUUAGUAUAUACACCAAAUACGUAUCUGAAAACUCAAUCUUAUUUAAACAUACCUAUUUCUAAUGAUUAUUUGAAAUUUGUCAAUAUAACGCAUUUGUUUUUGUCUAACUUUUUAAAUUAAAACGUUGUUAAAAUGAUUAGUAUGUAAUUCAUUUUCCUGAAAUAUACUAAAAUGUAUUUCCUUAAAUAUAAAAACUUGUAAAAUAUUGUCAAUUCUAAUAUAUUGUAUAUAUAUAGAAUGGAUUCCACCAUUUACUUUGGAGGUUGUUUAUUCUAUAUUGAAGUAAUUAAUUUUGUUAGUAUUGGUAUUUCGUUUUGUUUUUGUAAUAAUACUUAAAACAGCUUCUUAUUAUUGUCAGUGCAAUUUUUUUAAUACAAAAUAAAAAAAUAUGGGAAA